GCUUACAAUCAAGAGAUCAUAUUCACAAGCCAGCCUGCCCAGGGCCAGUGACAGUAUAUACUAUCUUACUACACACACUCGAGAUACUAGGAAACACAUUUGGUUGGGAGCUUACACUAACUUGAGAGGGGCCGUCCAUUUGUCAUGGAGGAGCCUGAACAGGACAUCAGGGAGACGCUGGCAGGUGAAAAUGAACAAGGCAUGAAUAUGAAUCCACCCUUGUCAACUGAUCGGUGUAACGGCAAAACUGACACCACCAUGGGUCCAGCGCUGGUGCUUAAAGUAAGAAUUCAGAACUCCAAAAAAAAUGACUUCAUUGAAAUUGAACUGCACAGACAAGAGCUGAGUUACCAGAACCUACUUCACGUGAGCUGCUGUGAACUGGGGAUCCACCCAGAGCAAGUGGAGAAGAUAAGGAAGCUGCCAAACACGCUGCUCAGAAAGGACAAAGACAUUCAAAGACUCCAAGACUUUCAGGAGAUAGAGCUCUUGGUGAAGAGCGGGAGGUGUGAGCGCAGUCCGCACACAGCGUCACCUCUUACAGAGAGGCCCUGCUACAACAGCGAAGCUGCAACACUGACUUACUAGUUCCCGAAGAGAGGAGUCUGCAGUCAUCACCAACCACGAGGCCUAGACCAUGUGACAACCGGCUAACCACAUCUGAACUUUGGGAAAUUUCCUUAUUUCCAAGCUCUCUGAGCAGGAGCUGUUUACCCACAAAAGGCCAUGUGUAUUUUGAAGUACUGCACCCCAAUACUGACACUCUACUACUGAGCUGCAUACACACCCAGUCCCACUUACCUAUGAAGCGGAAUGACUUAGGAUCUGAGUAAACAAUCGACUCAAGGCUGAGACAACUUGUGAAAACAGCUUCAUCACUGCAGCUGGUGGCGGCUUCACUAGCUUACCCAAGUACAAGGCUGGUGGUGUUCACACCCCAGGCUAGUCCUCUCGGCGUGUUUUAGAUGGCUGUCACUUAUGAGCACUCAGCUGUAAGCUGCCCACACCCACUCACCCAUCGCUCCAUGAUUCCGCUAACAGUGACAGUGACUGUGACUGGACAGGAUGGAUCCACAAGUGGUAACUCCCCGGUUUCACUUUCAGUAAUAAGGAAAAUUUAGGCAGGGGCUUGAGGCUAGUUAGGUUAAUAGCUAAAAAUCACCAUCUGUACAACACUGAGAACUGCUUUAAAAUAAAUUUGUUUAGAAAAAAUUUUAAUUGAUACACAACAAAUUACUUCGGAGGGUAAUACAAUCCUAAUGGCAGAACGUAUGCAGGUGUUAUCCAAUGGCUACAG